AUGGCAGUGGAAGCUUUCCUCUCAGAGGAAGGGAAGGGGCAGAGGGGGACGAGCCCCCCGUACUGCUGUGCUGACCUGUACUCCUUAAGGACAGGUGAAAUGGUGAAAUCCAUUCAGUUCAAGUCGCCCAUCUAUGAUCUCCACUGCAACAAACAUAUUCUAGUGGUGAGCCUCCAGGAGAAGAUCGCAGCCUUUGACAGCUGCACCUUUACCAAGAAGUUCUUUGUUACAAGCUGCUAUCCGUGUCCCGGUCCCUGCCUGAAUCCAAUCGCUCUGGGAAGCCGCUGGCUGGCCUACGCUGAGAACAAGUUAAUAAGAUGCCAUCAGUCCCAUGGAGGAGCCUGUGGUGACAACGCUCAGUCCUACGCCGCUACAGUCAUCAAUGCUGCCAAAACGUUGAAAACAGGCCUCACCAUGGUGGGCAAAGUGGUUACCCAGCUGGCCGGCACCAUACCUGCAGGCACGCCCGACGAAGAGGGAACGCCCCACAGCACGGGUCGCCGCAGCCCCCAUAGCCCCGGCGUGAUCACCAUCAUCGACACAGAUGACGUCGGUGAAGGACAGGUCCUGGUGAGCGAGGACUCUGAUGGAGAGGGAGUGGUGGCUCACUUUCCAGCCCAUGACAAACCAAUAUCCUGCAUGCAGUUCAACGUCAGCGGAAUGCUUCUGGUGACCGCGGACACGCUGGGCCAUGACUUCCACGUCUUCCAGAUCCUCACCCAUCCCUGGGCGUCCUCGCAGAGCGCUGUCCACCAUCUCUAUACGCUGCAUCGUGGGGAGACUGAGGCCAAGGUCCAAGACAUGUGCUUCAGCCAGGACAGUCGCUGGGUAGCCAUCAGCACCCUGCGUGGAACCAGCCACGUGUUUCCAAUCAACCCUUAUGGCGGCGCACCCUGCGCCCGCACCCACAUGUCCCCACGGGUGGUCAACCGGAUGUCGCGCUUCCAGAAGAGCGCCGGCCUGGAGGAGAUCGAGCAGGAGCUGAACAGGGCGGCCGCUGCGGGUGGAGGAGGAGCCGGAGGCAUUGGAGGGAGCAGCUGCAUUCUGGGUGGAGGAGGCGGCGUGGGCGGCCGCUGCAGUCCCGUACCUGGCGUGUCCAGCAGCCCCUCAGGGUCUCCGCUGCACGCCAAACUCAGCAGCCAGGAUUCGUACAACAACUUCACCAACAACAACAUGGGGAACCCUCGGCUCAGCCCGCACCCCAGCCUCACCGUGGUUCUGCCUCUGGCUCAGAUCAAACAGCCCAUGACGCUGGGAACCAUCACCAAACGCACAGGACCGUACCUCUUUGGGGCGGGAUGCUUUGCCAUUAAAACUCCAUGCAAAGCCAAACCGCCCCCCCAGAUCUCCCCCAGCAAGUCCAGCGGUGGAGAGUUCUGCGUCGCCGCCAUCUUCGCCUCGUCUCGCUCCUGGUUCAUCACAAACCCCAACAUGAAGAGAGAAAAAGAUCAGUCCCGCCAGUCGGUCGUGGACUCGCUGUACAUAAUCAGUUGCUACGGUAACGUGGUGGAGCACGUCCUGGAGCCUCGGCCGAUCAGCACUGCGCAGAAGAUCAGCGAUGAGACGCCGCUGGAGCUGAGCACCUCUCCCAGAGCGUGCUGGACGUUAGCCAGGACUCCGCAGUGGAACGAGCUGCAGCCUCCUUUCAACUCCAGCCACCCCCUGGUUCUGGCCUCGGACCUGGUUCAGUACUAUCAGUGCCUCCUGGCUGGGAUCAGCCCAGGAAGUCCAGGUCCAAUCACACGUCACGAGUCAUGUGACAGCUUGGCGUCGGAUCACAGCGGCCCAGACGAUGAGGAGUGGCUGUCCCAGGUGGAGAUUGUGACCCACACCGGCCCCCACCGCCGCCUGUGGAUGGGCCCCCAGUUCCAGUUUAAGACCAUCCACCCGUCGGGGCAGACCACCGUCAUCUCCUCCUCAUCCUCGGUGCUUCAGUCCCACGGGCCCUCCGAUGUCCAGCAGCCCCUCCUGGACUUUGACACCGAUGACCUGGACCUCCGCAGUCUAAGGAUCCAGCCGGUGCGAUCAGAACCAGUCAGCAUGCCCGGUUCUUCCCGCCUGGUGGCGGAUCGCAGAGGACAAAGCAGCGUCCUGGAUGCCGGCUCAGUGGUGAUGAUGGCGUGUUUGUUUCCUGUGAGCCAAUCAGAGCCCUUGGGGGAGGCGCUGCAGGCGGAGGCGCUGCAGGCGGAGGCGCUGCAGGCGGCGGCGCUGCAGGGGGAGGCGCUGCAGGGGGAGGCGCUGCAGGCGGAGGCGCUGCAGGCGGAGGCGCUGCAGGCGGAGGCGUGGUACGCCAAAACACGUCGCCAUAUGAUUCCCGCCGUACGCCAGCAUCUGCCAUCCGUGGUCCAUCAGUUCCAGGGAGCGCCGCUGCGCUCUGACCUGUUAGAGACGAGGCCUCUGACGGACGGUUUGGCUGUGAGGCUGCAGGCCUCCUUGCACCCAUACGCUCGUCUUAUCUCUGCCUUCCCUGAGGUGACGGGACGCCACGCUCGCUCUCUCACUCAGCCUGCGCUCAACAGAGCUUCCAGUCCUGAUGGCCUCUCCUCCUUUACCGGCCGCACAGGAGGGGCCAUCGUCAGCCGCCUUCUGCGGCCGCCGUCAGGCGGCUCCACUGGCUCUGACAGGCCAGAAGAUGCCAUGCCAUCUGAUCUCCUCCUUAAAGACAAAUGCCCUCAUUUCCUGGGAAGCCCUCCUCCAACAGUAGAUACCUUUGUGGCCUGCUGCCCCCCCCUCCUCACCCGUCCAUCACCUCAGGGUGUGCUGGGUGACCUGCUGCUGAUG